AUGUCCCUGGCGAAGUGGCAGGACCCGUCUCAGUGUAUGACCGUGUCGGCGCAUCACAGCAAGUUUGAUGACGAACUCGCGGGCGGGCUCUUGGACUUGGGUGGCGGGGCACGUGGCGAGAGCAUCGGCGAGCUGAAGCUGCCGGUGGGGCGGCGCCUCGCCUGUGGACAGGGAGGCGAAGGUGCGGAGUGGGUGCAGCUCCAUGGGGAAGGAGUGGUGAAGGGCUCCUUGCUCCUGGAGCUGUCCUGCGCCGGUGACGGGCGCAGCCCGGCAAAGCUUCCGGCGCCCGAGCCGGCAAAGCUUCCGGCGCCCGCGCCGGCCUUGCCGCCAGCGCCGCCGCGGCGAGAGCCGGAGCGGCCGGAGCAGAAGGUGUGGGAGGAGCUGCCGGAGGCGAGCCCUGCGCAGGAGCCAGGAGGCGCAAAACCGCCGCCGGCGAGCUGGCGGCUUGAGGCCCUGGAGGCGCUCGAGGCCAGCCUGAAGACCAAGGAGUCCUCCAAGGUCCAGGCCAUGCCCCUUGGGCGCCGGAUCCAGAGCCCCAGCCCGGGGCUGCAGCUCGAGUAG